GUAGACCAACUCACCGAGAAAAUACACGCUACUGGUCUGAAAGUUGUCCGCCUUACCGCCAAAUCUCGCGAAGCUCUGGACUCCAGUGUUGCAUUUUUGACUCUCCACCAGCAAGUUGCGAACAGCACCACGCACGUAGAACUCCAGAAAUUGAUUCAGCUCAAAAACGAACAAGGAGAAUUGAGCUCAAACGAUGAACGCAAAUACAAGACCCUCAUCCGUCAGUGCGAGAAGGAGAUCCUGUCAGCUGCAGAUGUGAUAUGUUGUACAUGUGUUGGUGCUGGUGAUCCAAGAUUGAACAAGUUCAAGUUCCGGACAGUCCUCAUCGACGAAGCUACCCAGGCUGCUGAGCCAGGUUGUGCUCGUCGGCGACCACCAACAACUUGGUCCGGUCAUUAUGAACAAGAAAGCUGCUCGUGCCGGCCUCACCCAGUCUCUGUUUGAGCGUCUUGUCGUGCUCGGCAAUCGUCCUAUUCGACUUCAAGUGCAAUACCGCAUGCACCCUUGUUUAUCCGAGUUUCCUUCCAAUAUGUUCUACGAGGGUACCUUACAAAAUGGUGUUACGGCCCCGGAGCGUCUUCGCAAGAAUGUGGAUUUCCCUUGGCCCAUUCCGGACACACCCAUGUUCUUCUAUCAAAACUUGGGACAAGAGGAAAUAUCGUCCAGCGGAACGUCGUUCCUUAACAGGACGGAAUCAUCCAAUGUUGAAAAGAUUGUCACGAAAUUUUUCAAAUCUGGUGUCGUCCCAUCGCAAAUCGGCAUUGUUACCCCUUACGAGGGACAGCGCUCGUACAUCGUGAACUACAUGCAAUUCAACGGCUCGCUCAAGAAGGACCUUUACAAGGAGGUUGAGGUAGCCAGCGUGGAUGCAUUCCAGGGGCGAGAGAAGGAUUACAUUAUCCUGAGCUGUGUUAGGAGUAAUGAACAUCAGGGCAUCGGAUUCUUGAACGACCCCCGUCGUCUCAACGUUGCUCUUACUCGUGCCAAGUAUGGUAUCGUCAUUCUGGGUAAUCCGAAGGUCUUGAGCAAGCAUCCUUUGUGGCAUGCGCUACUGACUCACUACAAGGAAAAGAAUUGUCUUGUUGAAGGCGCACUCAAUAAUCUGCAACCCAGUAUGAUCCAGUUUAGUAAACCCCGUCGUUCCCUUGUCAAAUCCAUGGACCAGUUCCGCCGUCACGAAACUAACGCCCGCGAGUACUUGCCCGGUAGCGGGGGCCGGUCUGGCACACCUAGCCGCUUUGAUGCCAAUUUCUAUCGCACUCAUGAUGCACUUGCAUAUAUACCUGCCGAUGUACAGUCCUUGCGCUCGCAGGCUACCUAUUCUUCUGGUCUGCCCAUGUUUGCAGCCACCGGAGGCUUCCCGUCUGGCAUGACUCGCGGACCUGGCGGCGCCGGGAAGCGCAGUGUAUACGGAAGCUAUGCGAGUUCCAUCGUCUCCCAAGAUAUUGGACCGCCCAGCAGUGCUGGCAUUAGCGCUGGGAGCAUAAGUGGGUCUAUCGCCUACUCCCAGUCGGAUCGCCUGCGUAGGCGGGCUUCCUUCUCUUCUGCCACUGGCACGGACGUGGGCAGCUUGAGUGGCUAUGAUUACAAGAGUCAAGAUGGUGCCACUGACACCGAUGACAUGAAGAGUCAAUACACUGGAACCCAAUCCGGCGUCACCGUUUUCUGAUUUCAGUUGCGCAUCAACCAGAGUGUCAGCCUGCUGAUCUUACUCUCCGUCACGCACGUUGUGUGCACACGCACAUUAGCCGGUCAUUUACUGGACCGAGAUCGCCCCUCCCUCCAGAGUUAUUUAACUCGUGCUUCAUCUGGAACCCUUCAGCAAUUGCAGCUGCUACUGCAUUUGGUCGCACCUUCCCCGUCUUCGUCCCCCAUCUACUACGGGCAAGAUGAUUAUCCUCCUCCGGUC